CAGACGUCAGAACAUCAUCGUGCAUGUCUACCAGACUGCCCCUGUUUCAUUGGUUUUCCAACUUCCUCCUUUCAUAUUCAUACUCUCUGCCAUAAACCCAAGCCGGACACUACUCUCCUCUUCAUCACCAAGAAAUCCGUCUCCAUUUCAGCUCCAAAAGCUGAUCUUUUUCUCGACAGUUUACAAAGCUGGAAGCAUCUCCAUCAAAUGGACUCAAGAACUCCAUCUCCCGAACGGAUCUUCACCAGACCCCUGACAGGGUUCUACACUGAUCAGACCAAAAAGAAGACUAUGGAUAAUGAAGGCGGUGGUAUGGGUUCUGUAAAUAACAAAAGGGCGUACUCUGAGAUGCUCAAGCGGAAGGCCUAUAAGGUUCGGAGGAUGUCAGUAGAUGAAGAAGAAGAUGAAGACAUGGGUGGGUCAAGGAGAGCAGAUGAGGUUGUGACGUUUUGUUUCCGAGUUCUGAUGCCAAAUGGCAUGACUUUGGAGUUGAAAAUACGCACUGAGCGUAAUAGUGAGAUGUCACUCUCUCAGUUAGUGUUGGCUGUUAAGGCAGAGUACGACUCAGCCAUGAGGGGAAGAUCCAGCGAGUCCAUGAAGAGGCAGAUUAACUGGAGCAGUCAAAACUUGUAUAUCUGCGACCCUCUUGACAGGAAGAUUAAGGGGUUAGAUUUCAGGAAGCUGAAUCCUAGAAAGUCUUAUUUGUUAAGGCUUCAUGAUGGAUCAGAUGAAGCAGAGACGUUUGAGAAUAUGUGGGAUCUCACUCCAGAUACUGACUUAUUAAAGGAGUUGCCUGAAGAGUACUCCUUUGAGUCCGCCCUUGCUGACUUAAUAGACAAUUCAUUGCAAGCUGUGUGGUCUAAUCAAGAAAAAGAAAGGAGGUUAAUCAGCAUUAAGUUGUGCAGGAACAAGAUAUUAAUAUAUGACACAGGCCCUGGAAUGGAUGGAAGUGCUGAAAACUCAAUAGCGAAAUGGGGAAAGAUGGGGGCGUCCCUACAUCGAUCGUCGAAAGAAAAAGCCAUAGGAGGCAAACCUCCUUACCUAAUGCCCUAUUUUGGUAUGUUUGGAUAUGGGGGGCCUAUUGCAUCCAUGCACUUGGGAAGACGAGCUAUUGUUUCCUCAAAGACAAAAGAGUCUAAGAAAGUGUAUGUAUUGCAUCUAGAAAGAGAUGAUUUACUCAAUUGCUCCUCUUCUGAGAAGACUUGGAAGACUAAUGGUGGCCUGAGACGCCCUUCAGAUUAUGAAGUUCAAGAAUCACCACACGGAAGCUUCACAAAAAUUGAGAUUUUGGAGCCAAAAAUGAGGUGCCAAGACACAAAGACACUACAAGGGAAAUUAAAAGACAUUUACUUUCCUUAUAUUCAGUGCGACGAAAUAUCUGAAACAGGAAGAACCACAAUGCCAACUGAAUUUCAGGUCAAUGAAACUAACUUAGCAGAAAUAAUGGGUGGAGAAGUGGCGAUUACGAACAUGUUCUCUUGCAAUGGUCCGGACUUUACAUUGGAACUGCAUUUCACUUCAGACACCAGUACAGAAAGAGGAGUAGGACAUCACCAAGCAAAUGCUCGCCUAAAGUGUGUUUAUUUUCCAGUAACUCAGGGUAAAGAAAACAUUGAAAGCAUAAUCGAAAUGUUAAAACAAGAAGGAUAUGAGAUUACAGAGAACUUUGACAGUUUUAGCCGUGUUUCUGUUCGAAGACUGGGUCGCCUACUUCCAGAUGCUCGCUGGCCACGGCUUCCAUUCAUGGAACCCCCCAAACAAAGAAGAGUAGAGUCACUUAAAAGAUGCUGGUUUAGAGUAAAAUGCUUUGUUGAUACAGAUGCUGGUUUCAACCCCACACCAGCAAAGACAAAUUUAGCACAAUGCAAUCCUUUUACCGUUGCACUUAAGAACAUUGGCAACAAAACGUGUGAUAAAGAUAUACAUGUUGAAAUCUGCAAGGAUGGAAAAGCAUUGUCCUUUUCUCAACUAGAAAAGCAAUACCACGACUGGAUUUCGAAUAUGCAUGAUACAUAUGAUUGUGAAGUUGAAUCAGGCGACGACCAGCCUAUCAUUGUAUUCAGCUCUGAAAACAAAAAAGAGCUAGGCACAUCAUCUGAUGUUCUGAGGGUUCAUGAAGUUAUCCAAAGGAAGGGAAUCACCUGGAGAUCAGGACAGAAAAUUAAAGUUUUGAAGGGAGCAUGCGCAGGCUUUCAUAAAAAAAACAUUUUUGCCACAUUAGAAUUUGUUAUCCUUGAAGGAUGUGAAGGGGAUGGUGGUGAUGCUAGGAUUAUCUGCAGGCCGCUGGAAGUCCCCCCUGAGGAUGGUUGCCACCUUUCUUUGGAUAAAGGAAGUCAUCACCUGGAUCUACGUAGAUCUAAAACUUUACCAUUCAGUGUCAUUGAUUCUCAGAAGUGCCUACAAGUUGAUGAUGCUGAGUGGGAAUGCCAGCUGAAAAAACACCAACAAGAGAAAACCCCAUCCUCAAUUGAAUUGCUAAAUCCCAAAGAUGUCCCAGAAUUUAAUCUUUAUGAGGCACUGCCCGAUGAUGUAGUUGAUGCUGGGCUUGAUCCUCCUAAAGAAAUUCUUGCCAUUGUUUGUCCAGCUUCUUUCAAUUCUGUAGUGGCUUCUAAGAAAUUAGACCAAAAGUACAUCCUAAAAGAAAAUUUUGAGAUGAGUCUGAACAUUAAACAUUCUGCUUCAGACAAAAAUGACCAAAGCGACAGUCAUAUGUACUCAUGUCGUAUUAUACCAUCAUCAUACAAUGGGGUAAGUGGGAUUUAUGUGUUCCCGUUGAGACAGAAGUUGCCAGAGCUAUUUCACAAAGCCGGAGUGUAUUCCUUUCUGUUUUCUAUUGUUAACCAACCUACUUGUGCAACUUAUGAAAAAAAUGUACAUGUGCGAGCUUUAUCUGAGACAGGAAGUUGGAGACUUUCAAGUAAAUGCAGUGGGAUAUAUAAAAUAAGGGUUGGUCAGCCUCUUCCAUCUAUCAGCAUUUCCUGUUAUGAUAGAUACAUGAACUGCAUUCAGUUCAAGCCUGUUUCUGACUUUGAGAUUAAGCUUCAUUCUGAAAGGGGCGAACUUUCUCAUGACUCUGUUAUACAUCCAUAUUUGUCAAAAGAUAGAUUGUCUUUAAUUAUUAAGCGCCGGGUGCUUGAAAUCAGUGAACUCGACAAGAUUCGUCCCAACUAUGAAAUUACCUUGUCUAUAGGUGCGAAGGAUGAACCAUUUUCUGUACCCAUUAAAAUUCAAGUUUUGCCUGGUCCACCACACCAUGUCAGCUUAUAUCCAUUAAAAUCCAGAGAGAAGUUGUUUCCUGGACUUCUAAUCGCGGACCUUAAAUUAGAGCUGUUUGAUGAAUAUGAUAAUCAUAUCCAAAAAGAUGAGGAAAUUGAACUGCAGAUGGAUGGAUUCUGUGUUCACAAUCAAAGGUGCCUUCCGUGGAAGGUUGAUGAAAAUGGGUUUAUAAACCUUGGUGGCAUAUUGAAAGUUACAGCAGGAUAUGGUAAAACAGCUUCCCUUUCGGUUUCCUAUGAAGGCAAAACACUUUUCAAGCAAGAAUUUCAAAUUGAGAAGAGAGAGCUGCAUGUAGCAUCAGAGAUACCUGAAUUUUGUACUCCUGGUUCUCAAUUGGAGAAUAUCAUCUUUGAGGUCACAAAUUCUGAAGGUGAAGUUGAUGAAACUAUCCACGAUGAUGACAAAAAUGGUCAAUCCCAUACUCUUAUUAUUAAAUCUGAGCUGUCAAAGAUCGACGAGACUGUUAGAUACAGCUUCCGCCAUGGUCGCUGCACGGUCCGUAGCAUCUCUCUCCCAGAGUUUGAAGGAAGGUUCCAAUUCAUAGCUCUUCAUUCUCGUCACAGGGAACUGCAGUUGAGCAUAGAGGUGAAUAUAAAAAAAACUGUGAAAUUGCAUUAUGGGAAUUUGCAAUCUCAAAGUCCAGAUAAAUUGGUAUUUGAAAACGUGGAAGUUGAAAAUUUCCAAAGUCCAAAGAAAUCGAUAUUUAAAGGAGUGAAGGUCGAACAUUUCCAAUAUCAAAAUCUGCAGAAGCAGACCUAUCUUCAUCAGGAACCAUCCCCAAAGCAAGUUCCAAUGCUGCUGGAUCAUGAAGAAGUUUUCCAUCAACGUUCAGACAUUAACGUUCAAGACUUUGCUGCUACUGAAGGUCCAGAAAAUGAAGAGGAUUCCAUAAAUAUUCGCCAGAUGCUUGAGGAUGAAAUUUGCAAGUACGCUCAACUCUGUGGACAGUGUGAAACAGAACUGCAAAUUCUUGAAUCCAAGCAAUCAAACAUUAAACUAGAUAUUUCCAAUUUGGAAGAAUCUCUGGGACUUCAUUCGUCUCUGAACUCUUGCUGCACUCAGGAUUUAAUUAAGGAGCAAAUUUACGGUAUGAAUGGCUCAGCAGCUUCCAUUGCCUGCAAAUUGAUUGAAGCAUCAUCACCGGAAGCGCAAUGUCAUGAAUUUUCCAAAGACAUACUUGGCGUGGUUGCACUGCUUGGGUUUGCUGAAACCAAUGAGCUUAGCAGGAUGUUAGCAGAAUAUAUUGGUGAAAAACAAAUGCUGGCAGUGGUUUGCAACGACCAUGCCACUGUUGGUGCCUCAAAGAUGUACAGGAAGAACCGUGGACACGUGAAUAGUGCAGACUCUUUGUAUGCAUUGGCCAAGAAUCUUGGAAUCUCCAUUAAUGCAGGAUAUGAUGUCAUAUGCCUCAACGAUAUAAGGCCUUACACGGGUGAGAUAAUUGCUGAUCCCCAAAGAAAGCUAGCAAUAGCUGAUCCCACUUUGCCUAAUGGAGACACACCUCCUCCAGGGUUUCUGGGCUAUGCUGUCAAUAUGAUACAUAUACCUGCAAAUCAUUUGCAAUACAGGACGGCCUCCGGUCAUGCUCUUCGUGAGACAUUGUUUUAUCGGCUCCUCGGGGAUGUCCAAGUCUAUACCGACAGAGAUCAUAUGAGCAUGGCUACUUCUUGCAUCAACAGCAGCAGACCUGCUCUUUCUUUAGAUGGACUCAUUAUGAGAGGAAAUGGUGUCACUUCCCUUGUCUCAGGGGAUCCACGGAUUAAGUUUCCGGUCAUUCCAAGGGAGAAGCAUGUUUUGACCAUGAAUCCCGACGUAAUAGAUCUGCUGGAGUCUAUGAGGAUGCAGCUAAAGGAGGUUGAAGCUGAUUUAGAAAAGAAAAGAAGGGUUUUUGUGGAGCUCAAUGCAAAGUUUUGCAGUUGCCAAACUGCAUAUUUGAAGUUUCUCCCAAGAGAAGCCAGCAAUCAAUGACAUGAAGAUAUGUGUUUGAAGCAGUCGGUAAAAUCAAAAGCAAUGUGAAGUAGGGAAGUGUAUAUAUAGAUAGAUAGAUAGAUAGCUAAGGAGGGGAUUUCAAGGAUGGAUGGGGAUCUUGAAUUUUGAGAUCUUAUGGUUCAGUUCUAAGCUCCUCGUUGCUAAAACUAAACAUGAAAUGUAUUUUUGAGAGGACUGGACGGUUCCCUCAUUUUUGGAGGAUUGGUCAGCCGGAACACCUUUUGAUUAUCCUAAUGAAAAGGUAU